GCAAUGCCAUGUUGUGUGGCAGACUGUGCUUGGAAACUGUUUGCGAUGCUGUAAUAGUCGGCUGUCUGCCAUCCGGCAAGAGUCCUGUGCUAUCCUUUACCUGCUCAUGAGAAGCAACUUUGAGUUCUCCAACAGGAAAGGGCUCACCAGGGUGCACUUACAGGUUAUAAUCUCUGUGUCUCAGUUGUUGGGCAACAUCGUGGGGUUGAACAAUGCCCGUUUCCAGGAGUCUCUGUCCCUCAUCAACUCCUACGCCAACAGUGACAAAGUCAUGAAAGGGACAGGGUUUCCGGUGGAAGUGAAGGACCUUACCAGGCGUAUCCGGACUGUACUGAUGGCUACGGCACAGAUGCGAGAGUUGCAUCAUGACCCAGAGAUGUUGGUAGACUUGCAGCACAGUCUAGCAAACUUACUUACUGUAUCUGUGGCAGGGUUUCCGGUGGAAGUGAAGGACCUUACCAGGCGUAUCCGGACUGUACUGAUGGCUACGGCACAGAUGCGAGAGCUGCAUCAUGACCCAGAGAUGUUGGUAGACUUGCAGCACAGUCUAGCAAACUUACUUACUGUAUCUGUGGCAGGGUUUCCGGUGGAAGUGAAGGACCUUACCAGGCGUAUCCGGACUGUACUGAUGGCUACGUCACAGAUGCGAGAGUUGUAUCAUGACCCAGAGAUGUUGGUAGACUUGCAGCACAGUCUAGCGAACUUACUUACUGUAUCUGUGGCAGGGUUUCCGGUGGAAGUGAAGGACCUUACCAGGCGUAUCCGGACUGUACUGAUGGCUACGGCACAGAUGCGAGAGUUGCAUCAUGACCCAGAGAUGUUGGUAGACUUGCAGCACAGUCUAGCAAACUUACUUACUGUAUCUGUGGCAGGGUUUCCGGUGGAAGUGAAGGACCUUACCAGGCGUAUCCGGACUGUACUGAUGGCUACGGCACAGAUGCGAGAGUUGCAUCAUGACCCAGAGAUGUUGGUAGACUUGCAGCACAGUCUAGCAAACUCGUACGCCUCCACACCUGAAUUGCGGUUCACAUGGCUUCAGACCAUGACUAGACAUCAUGCUAAGGAAGGCAAUUUCUCUGAGGCAGCCUGCUGCCAACUACAUAUUGCUGCCCUGAUGGCACAGUAUCUGAAACUGAAGGAGGUACAGACAUGGGGGGCUGAGGCUUUCCAGCCUAUCUCUUCCAACAUACCACGUGAUGAGAUCGCUCUCAAAUUGGACUCAGGUGUCCAUGAGGUUCAGUACAAACGGAAACAGUUGCUGCUGGAGCAGCUGGAA